CGCUCCCCUCCUCUUGCCGAGAUUUCCCCGUUUUCUCCCCAUUUGUAGCCCCUGAGCCUCAGCAGGGCUCGGCUCGUCCUCCCUCACACCACACGGACACGGCGAGCUGGACGCGGCUCCCCCGCGGGUCCCGCCGCGGCCGCCCGGCUGUGUGAGGGGCUGGCCGGGCUGCGGCCCCUCCCUCCUCCCGGUCCUGGAAGCGAAAGCGAAAGGCGGCCCCGGGAGGGCUCGGGAGGCGCCUGAGGAGCCCCGGGAGCUGCUGCACCCCCGGGUUAUUCCCCCAUCCCCGGCCCGUCCCCGGCCGUGUCCGUCCGGAGUAAACUGUACAGAAGUUUCUGAAUUUUGGCUGCUCGAUCCAAACCAGGAAGCGGGAUCCGCAAACGCAGUUUCAAGCCUCUGAGCGAAUAGUGUCGGGUCCGAAUCAAGGUUUCCAUGGAUGUUACAAGCCCCCCAUUAUCUCUACAAGACAAUGGUUUUAGUAUGGUACCCACUGAUCCACUUGGGACAUCCAAGGAAGAGAUGGAAAAACUCAAGGAAGAGCUGAAGAUGUGGAAGAAAAGAAUUGAAGAGGCUGCAAAUGUAAAGGAUGUCCUUCUUGUCUCCAAAUCAAUUGCUGAUGAAGAGUGUGACAGAGCAGAGAAGCAGCUGGCAGAGCUGAAGGAGCAGGAGAAGCAGCAUGAGGACAGAAUGGGCAGCUUUGAGCAGGAUCUCCUUCUGCUAAACCACGAAAACACUGAGCUGAAAAAAGGGAUUGAAAAGCUCCAGGAAGACCUGAAAGAACACAGUUCCCAGGAUAAUCUGCUAAUGGAGAUUCAAAAGAAGGUGGCAGAAAUGAAAUUGAAGUUCAGUGACCUGGAAGAGAUGAAGGAUGAUGGGGCAGAUGUGGAUAUGGACACCCACUGUGUUUUUAGGGCAGCCACAAAAAUCCCCUUCAGACUCAAUCAGAACCAGGCACUGCUGACUUUUGAAGAUGAAGAAGUUGCCCAGAGGCUGACAAAGAUGAGCAAGCACUGUGUGAACCUGGACAACAGAACAGCAAAUGUGACAGUGAAACCUUUUGGACUUGACAUGGGGUUCCAGUUUGAGCUCCGUGUCACUGUCUCUGGAAAGAAGAUCAAUGUCUCAGAAAUCCCUGAGCUUCCCAUUCCUGAAGAUUGGAUGAGAGACAAACUUGAGCUGAAUUUCUACAAAACUGAGCAGGCAGCAGGAGGAGGAGAAAUUAAAAAUGUGACCUACAACAAGGGGGCUGGGACAGCUGUCAUCACAUUCCUCAAACCUGGAGCAAGCAAGAAGUUUGUGGGAUGUACUAAAUUCCCUUUUUGUGCAGAGGGAAGGUGCUUCAACCUUUCUGUCUCCCCGGAUUUUGAUGUUCAGUUGAGGAUGUUUCAGCCCUACUGCACGGUUUCCAAGAAGACAAUCCUGCUGAAAGGAAUCCCAGAGGUGGAGGAGGAUGAAGAAAGUGUGCAGGACAUGAUUGAAAUUCACUUCCAGAAGCCAAGCAACGGUGGGGGGGAGAUAGACAAAAUCAAAUACACCUCCAGAGGAGCAGCCUGGGUUUGUUUUGAGGAGGAUACUGGGAAUGCCACCCCAGAAAUCACAAGGAAAUCGUGAAGUUCUGAGGUUUUGUUCCUCAGAGGAAUUGAUGUAGAUGUUGUGCUUUAAUGUCCUGAAGUUGAUAUUGUAACAGAGGAAUUCCUGCUUUUCUGAUUUGUCUCAUGGCACUGACACAACUCCCUGCCUGUGUUGCAGGUUAAAGGCACAGACCAAGCCUUCAGCAGCCCCAGGUUUUCUGCAACUUUGCAUAUUUUAUACCUUGCAGAUUUUAAAAUACCCCAGAGGGGGUUAUUUCUUACAUCCUGGAUACAAGAGCCAUGUUUAAUCCCAAUCCAGGCCUCCUCACAGCACAGUCCAGCUUUGGUGAAGUGCCAGAGCUUCAGAAGGUGGCUCUGACACAACUCCAGUCCUGCUGGAAGUUGCUGAGUGCUACCAGAACUCCAAUACCUAAAAUAAUCCUGUAAUUAAUACAUUUAUUUUUUAAAAAAGCCAUGUAAUUUUAUCCAGUAAUUUAAUAAAAGAUUUUUUAAAUCGAAUUAGUGAUAGAAUUAAAAUAGAAAAGACGGGGGUGCAAAUGUAAGAAAUUGCACUUAAGUAAUUCCAUGGCAUUUGCUGCCUUUGGCUGUUGAGCUUCUGCCUUAUUGUUUGAUUUGAAUAUUUGUUUCUGUGAUUAAAUUUUUCCUCGUUUUUAUUUGUGA